CCUCCCACUUAUCUAUUUGAUUCUACCUGCUUGGUCUCACAACAGGGUCUGUAUUUCUCUAUUUGUUCAUCAUGUUUUUAGUGGUGACUGUCUUCAGCGUGAUGCUAUGGACUCAGUGUAUCAAUGCUGAUAUUCAUCCACAACAGGACUUUGAUCUACAAAGGUUUUCAGGACAGUGGUAUCGUGUUGGCCUGGCAUAUGACUCGCCAGAAUUUGUGCCAUGGAGAAGUUAUGUGCAGGUCUCAAAUGGGAAUGUAACCUAUGAUAUGGAUGGCAAUGCCAACCUAACCGUAUGGGGGACAGGGUUAAAAGGUUGCAUGUGUCGUGUGUACUACUACCAGAAGACUGACCUCCCAGGCCAGUUCAACUACUUUAGUGACCGCCAUCAGAUAUUGAAGGACAUCACCGUGGUAGAGAGCAAUUACACUGAAUAUGGUCUGGUGGUGAAAUACAAGAAGAUUGUGAAAGAAUUCUCCCAGGUGUCUCUUUAUGGUCGCUCUCCAACGCUGAGAAAAGAAUUGGUGGAGAGAUUUAGAAACUAUUCUCUGUCUCUGGGCUUCUCUGCAAACUCCAUUCUGACCCCAUCGUUCGUAGAUCCCUGCUCUGAUUGCGGGCAUUAAGACCUAACAGCAAACAUUGGUUAAAGAACUCCACACCAUCAUACUGGACAAAGAUAGGAGCGCAUCACCCUUACAUAUGCUGGGUCUUCUGUUUCGCUCUCUACUUUACAUACAUGUAUUGUACAAUAACACUAUUGAAUACACAGAGAACUGUUGCCAUACUCUAUAACAAGUCUGAGUCAUAUUACUCAUAUACGUCACUGCCUCACGUGUUGUACAUGAAGAAUCUGUUGUAUUUAAUAUGGGAUAGUGGGUUGAAAUGUCUUGAAGGUUGACAUUGGAAGCUAUCAAUAUAACCCUAUUACCUGAGGGAAAAUAGAGGCCUGCUUAACAUUAUUGCUGAACCACUCAACAUCGCUUUACAUUGUUAAACCUUUCUAUUUAAAUCUCAGGUUUUCUGUAAGCAAAUGUACACAAUUUAUACUGUAUACACAGGUCCAGAAAUCAACAAUAAACAAGAUUUUGAAUAGAAUAACUUUAUUUUUCCCAUGAGGGAACUUCUUGCCUGGUGAAAACAAAAAAAGGAACUUGUGUAUUUGUCUAAUUUUACUUGAGCAGAUCUGCCCCACAUUUUACCAAACCAUUUCAGCUCCCUCUAGUGGGUCUUAAUAAAGCCAUUUAAGAAUUU